AUGGCUGGUAAUGGCGCUUGAUUGCCGCCGUUUGUCUCUGUCCCAAAUGGCAGCUAGCUAGUUACCAGGGGACUUCACCGUGCAGGACUGCAGGGCACCAUCGCACCAGAACCCUUCGCCCAAUCUGCCGUUCUUCCCUCGUUCACCACCGCCCGCAGCCAUGUCUGCCCUUCACCUGCAGCACCCGGCGGUCACUCUCCGGCCGAGCGCCCUACGCGCCCGCGUCAUCCCGCCAUCCAAACCUCCAAAACUUCCACGCCGCCGCUUCCCUCCACCAACCCCACUCGGCGCGGAGAGCAGAUUCGCCCGCGCCCCCCGCGCGUCCGCCAGCGAAAGCCCGCCCCUCGACCCGCAGGGCGAGCCCGGGCCGAAGGGUGGAUUCUGGACCAAGUGGAUGGUGCAGAGCGCGGAGGCGAGGGCCAGAGUGGCCAAGCUCGGCCUGGCCGCCGUGCUGGCCUACGGGCUGUUCGACGCCGUCACCUACACCACCUUCUUCGUGCUCGCCUUCCUCGGCUACGAGAAGAGCACCGGCAAGAACCCUGCGGCCAAUCUCAAGGCUCUGCUCGGUAUUGUUAUCCUAAUGUGGACUGGUAACAAUGUUACAAGGCCAUUCCGAGUCGCUGGUGCAGCUGCUUUGGCCCCGGUGAUCGACAAGGGCUUGAAGGGUAUUCAGGAGAAACUUAACCUUCCAACCCAGAUGUAUGCCUUUGCACUUGUGGUUGGAUCCGUGGCCGCGGUAUGCUUCACAGUCGUUGGUAUCUUGGUCCUCUCAAAGUGGGGAAAGUAAAGAGUUGCCUUUCAUGCAUAUCCACAGAGUUUUGUUUUGUUUCAAAGUUCUGUUUCCACGCUCUUUUCCAUGGAUGUGAGUUUUGUACACAUUAGUAUGAGAUUGACAUGAUGUACUAAUUCAGUUAUCCAAGGAUAAUUUCUUUCUCACUUAGAUAAAUAAUUAAAAUAAUUUUUGUUUUGAUUUUUUUUCCAUUUUUUGUUUCAUGGGUUGUAACACUUGGAGUUUCAAUAUUUCCGGUACGUAGGAUAGGAGUCAAGGCCUUUAGGGGUUUUCCAGUGUUGUAAAGGCUGAAUACAGUUUUGACCAGGCACAA